AACCGACGAAACCACGGCGACCGGCUUUCUCUUUUUCGUCUGGGGAAUCGAGAACAACAAUUGAAAUCGCCGCUCUCCCUCAAUCCAGCCUCUUCGCCCAACAUGAUCGCCCACCGCCUCGGCCUCGCUGCCGUGCGCAGCGCGACGAAGCCCAAUGUCUUCUUCAGCCAGAACAUCCCGCGCAUGGUUCUCGCCUCCGCCAUGUCAACCUCACAGGCCCGACCCGUAUCGACCCAGAAGCUCUCCCAAGAAGAAGGCCAGCAGGUCCUCGUCAACCAGCGCCUUAACCGCCCCGUCUCCCCCAACCUGGGCAUCUACAAGAUGGAGCAGACCUGGUUCGGUGCCUCGGCCUGGACCCGUAUCACCGGCUGUGCUCUCUCUGGCGCCGCCUACGUCUACUUCACCGCAUACCUCGCCUCUCCUCUCCUAGGCCUCCACGUCGAGAGCGCCGCGCUGGCUUCCGGCUUCGCUGCCCUGCCCUUCGUCGUCAAGGGCGCCAUCAAGUUCGCUCUGGCUUUCCCCUUCACUUUCCACUUCAUCAACGGCAUCAAGCACCUGGUGUACGACCUGGGUAUCGGAUUUGCCAAGGCCCAGAUUAAGCGAGGAGAGAUUGCUCUGUGGGUAUCGAGCUUCAUCGGUGGUGGUUACCUGGCUUUUGGCUUGUAAAAGAACAUCAAUGGAAGGCUUGGAGGAAGCAAGGGAAAAAUAACACCGGACAAGCAGCGGGCGGUGCAUGUAAAAUAAAUGGCCUUUAAGGGGCCUUUUUUGAUUAAUUGUCCAAAAGACUUUAUUAAAAAGUUU